GAGUGUGUUAACCACCUUUGUACAAGAUGUUAGAAUAUGAGAACCAAAUGCUGCUUGACCUCCUGCAUGAGGACGGUCUCCUUGUUGCAGCAAAAGGAUUGGGCUUAGAACGGAUUUUGAUAAGUCUGAUCAUCACAUACAAUGAUCCCGGUAAUCUAGUUCUGGUAAUUGGCACGACGUCAAGGGAGGAGGAAUAUCUUCUUUCCCAGCUAGAGGGCCAAGGAGUCACUCCAAUCCCCAGAUGUGUCACGGCAGAAUGUUCAGUUAAUGAAAGAUCCCAAAUAUAUGCAAAUGGAGGAGUGCUGUUUGUGACAUCUCGCAUUUUAGUCAUGGAUAUUUUGAUGGAACGAGCGCCAGUUGAUUUGAUAACAGGUGUGAUUGUUUGGAAAGCUCAUAAAAUUCUAGAAUCAUGUCAAGAGGCUUUCAUCCUGAGGUUAUUCCGUAUGAAAAACAAAACUGGCUUUGUGAAAGGCCUUACUAGCAGCCCUUUGUCAUUCACUGCGGGAUUCUGCCACGUGGAGCGUGUCAUGCGGAAUCUCUUUGUCAAAAAGUUAUACCUGUGGCCAAGGUUUCAUAUGGAUGUUAAUGCUUGUUUGGAGAAGUGUAAACCUGAGGUAAUUGAGCUGCACCUGAAGAUGACUACCCCGGUUCAGCAAAUCCAGAUGGCUGUGUUAGACCUGAUUACUGAAACUGUUCAGGAACUCCGUCGCUCCAACAGUACCAUCGACACUGAGGAAUUCACACCUGAAAAUGCAAUAUCCAAGUCCUUUGAAAAGAUUCUAAAAGUCCAGCUGGAACCCAUAUGGCACCAGUUAUCAUCUCGUACAAAAAUGUUAAUUGCCGAUCUGAAGGUCAUGAGAACUGUCCUAUUGUACUUGACCCAGUAUGAUUGCGUCACCUUCUACAAUCUCGUAAACUCAUUGCGGACAACAGAGGCAGCCAUCCAGAGCUCUGGCUGGAUGUUCUUAGGGGCAGCAGAGACACUUUUCGUCAAUUCAAAACUGCGAGUGUUUGGCAGUGCUGCAAGCCCAACAAAGAAAUCUGUUAGGGAAGAUAAUGCUAAGAAACAGAAGAGGGAAUAUAUAGACCAAAAUUUAGAGGUUAACCCAAAGUGGCUGGCAUUGUCCGAGGUUUUGGCUGAAAUUCGAGAAGAAGUGCAAGAGGGAAAGAACUUGGAGAAGUGUCUUGUUGUGACUCAUGAUGAUCGAACGUCACAGCAGCUAAAAGAGUAUUUGAUAGACGGAGCCCAAGUGGUGCUUCGUCGCAUUUUCUACCGAACAAUUGGUGCAAAGAUGGGUUUACAGCCCCCACCCAACCUGUUUAGAGACAAGGAUAAAAACAUGCAAAAGGACAAAGGGAAAAAAGGCAAGAAGACCAAGACAACUGAAGAGGCAAAGGAGGAAGUGACACUGACUCAGAUCACAAAGAAAUAUGACUUUGUUGGUCAGGAUAAAUCUGAAUUUAGCAACGAGGCAGAAACCAGUGAGGAGGUGGAGGAGAUACGAAGGAGAUUUCUAUCUCCGCUCAUCAUGGUGCAGUCUUUACGGGAUAACAGUGACCCAUUCAUGAUGACACGGCUGUUAGAGGAAGUUCAACCAAAGUACAUCAUAAUGUAUGAUUCAGACUUAACAUUCAUCCGCCAGGUUGAGGUCUGGCAAGCUAAUCAUAUAGAGCGGAUAAGAGUUUACUUCUUGUUAUACAAGGGGACCACUGAAGAACAAGUGUAUCUCACUAAUAUAAAAAGAGAGAAGGAUGCAUUUGAGUACCUGAUUAAUGAAAAAGCUACAAUGGUCAUCCCAGAGUACAAUGACGGUAAGAGUGGCGACCAUCCAGACUUGAGCCGUGACCCCCGUAAGGCCAAUGAGAUCGAUACUUCAGGAAACAGUAACACAAGGAAGGGAGGGCAAGCAGGAGAGGAGCCAAAAGUGCCACAGAGAAUAAUUGUUGACAUGAGAGAGUUUCGAAGUGAACUUCCUGCUCUAAUCCACAAGAGGGGCAUUGAUAUUGAUCCAGUUACAAUAGAGGUUGGUGAUUACAUCCUGACUCCAGAUGUGUGUGUGGAGCGCAAAAGUCUAAGUGACUUGAUUGGAUCAUUGAAUUCGGGCCGACUUUAUAAUCAGGCACAGGCAAUGACGAGAUAUUACAAGAAACCCAUCUUGCUAAUUGAAUUUGAUCAAAAUAAAUCAUUUCAUCUGCAGGGUCGCUUCUUUCUGUCAAGCGAUGCAUCUUCAUCAGCCAAGGACGUUGCUGCAAAACUACAGUUGCUGACUUUGCACUUCCCUCAUCUGCGGUUACUUUGGUGUCCUUCACCAUAUGCUACUGCUGAGAUAUUUCAGUUGCUGAAGGAAGGGAGGGAAGAACCCGUUGUAGCACAAGCUCAAGCCAUCACUGCUGAGACGAACCCAGAAGUAGAUUCUGACAAGUUCAAUCCUCAGAUAAAAGAUUUCAUAUCAAAACUACCUGGAAUAACUACGAAGAACAUUUAUUCUGUGUUGAACAAAGUCUCGGAUCUAUCAGAGCUACUGUCGCUCUCAAAGGAAGAACUAACAGAGAUCCUUGGCAACAGUCGCAAUGCCCAAGCUCUUUACUCUGGCCUUCACCACUGCAUGAAGCCCCCAGAGAAGGAGGAAUUGAAGAAGGGCAGCAAGUUCACUAAAAAGGGUCUCAAAAGGUUCAGGACAAAAGUGUGAAUACUCUGUAGUUGCGGAUUCAAGGAAGCUUUAAUGUCAGUGAUAUUGUCUAGUGAAACCGGCAUUGACUCGAGUUCAUAGCAUGAAAGUGAGCAUGUUUUAUUAAGAACAUUAAAGAGCUGGAGUAUAUGAAGAAAUGGGUAAUAUUCAUUAAGUGGAAUUAUCUACUUUUUUUAGAGAAUGUUGUAAAUAUGAUUUACAAAAAAUGUAGGUAUGUUACACACAAUAUGAAAAUAAGACACUUCAUUAAAUAAAAGCUGGGUAUCUUUUAGCAAUAUUAUUUAAUAACUCCUAGAUUCUAUUUUUCUAUAAAUUAUGAAAUAAUGGUAUUUCCAACAUCCAACUCCAUGGUUAUUACUUUAUAUUGACUCUUGUACAUUUGACUUGUGAUAUUUAUCUAAUAAAUUUGA